AGAACCCAGGUGUGGGUCAUGCCCCGAGCAGAGUUUCAGUUUUGGCAGCAGCAUCCAGUGCCCAGCUGGUAGCUUCCAGAGACACCGGGGUUCCGGGCUGGGCAGCAGGCUGUGCCCCCGAAACCAACAAGCAGGAGAGAAAGAGGUGGCUGAACAGACUCACCACAGAAGUCAGCCUGGGCAGUCCAGCCCCCUCAGGAGCCACCAGCCAUGACACCCCUCUUGUUCACUUGUCUGCUGGCUGUCUUUUCAGCGGUCACUGCACACAGCUCCAUAUUUGGUCCUGAGGAGGUGACUGUUUUGGAAGGCAGCCCCGUGUCCAUCAAGUGCUUCUACCCAAACUCCUCAGUCAACCGGCACAGCCGGAAGUUCUGGUGCCAGCCAGAUAGCACUGGCCGCUGCAUGACCCUCAUCUCCACCGACUUCAUCUCUGAGGCAUACAAGGGCAAAGCCAAGCUCACCGACUUCCCAGAGGAGAACUCCUUUGUGGUGGACAUUAGUGAAGUCGACCUGGACGACACCGGGAGUUACAAGUGUGGCGUGGGAGUCAACGACCGAGGCCUGGACUUUACUGUGAGCCUGCAUGUCAACAAGGAUCCUGGAUCAACUGGUUAUACAGCAGACUUGGGUGGAGAAGUGACCAUCACCUGCACUUUCACAGAGGAGACUAGGGCGAAUAAGAAGACCUUUUACAAGCUGAUUGAUGGGAAACGCGUAGCAAUCAUUGAUACCGAUAAGCAAGUGGCCUUAGAUUAUAUUGGUCGCACAAAGCUGAACAUUGAAAGCACCACAGACCUAAAAUUCACAGUCAUCAUCAAAAAGCUGAGGGCCAGCGACUCUGGGAUUUAUAUCUGCCAGAGUGGGUAUCAAGAACAUGAGAUUGAACUGCAAGUGCGCGUUCCGGAUCCUGUGCUGCUCUAUGGAAAUCUGAAGAGCUCGGUGAUCUUUGACUGUGCCCUGAGCACAAAGUAUAAGCUGCCUGUGUUCCUGUGCCACGUGAAGGAUGAGACCACCUGUGAGGUGGUCGUCAACAGCCUGGGAGAGGUAAACCCAGACUUCGAGGGCAGAGUCUGGCUCAAGUCCAGGAGUGAGGGGAACUUCAGCGUGGUGGUCGCAGGCCUGCGGAAGGAGGACUCAGGGGACUACCUGUGCGGAUCGAACCCGACAGGUGCACCCGCAGAGGGCAACUGCCCUGUCCAGUAUUGGAGACUCUUCGUCAAUGAAGAGAUCCCCAGGACCUCGAUCUCCACUGCGGUGAAGGGCGUGCCUGGAGGCUCUGUGACCCUUCUCUGCCCCUACAACAACGAAAAUGACCACAAGUACCUGUGUCACUGGGGAAAAGACGGCCAGAGCUGCCAGUCACUGGUGGAUAACGAUGGGGAGGUAGAGGACGAGUAUGAGGGCCGGCUGCGCCUGAUCCAAGAGCCAGGCAACGGCAUCUUCACGGUCAUCUUCGCCAAGCUCACUGAAGAGGACGACGGCUUCUACUGGUGUGCAGCUGAAAACGGGAAUCCUUUGUAUACCCCGGUGAAGGUUCAGGUUGUGGAAGGUAAGAGCUUAAGAACUGGGACCAGAAAAAAACAAGCCCCAGUGCUGUGCAGCCCGUACCUCCACCCCAGCCAUCAUCCUCCUGCCUCUCCUACCCCCAAUGAGACACCCUCAGGAGACAGCCCCCCAGCCCCGGCCACAUGUCCAGACCUGUCCAAGCACCUCCCUCCCCCAGUAACCACGGCUGGCACUUCCUGCUGUCCGGCUUUACUGUUCACAGAAUCCUGUGGCACCUCAAGUACCAACUUCUGUUCCUCUGUCUUCCUCCUCCCUAUUCCAGGAAACCCAGGCCUCACGGUGGUCAGUGAAAGCCCAGGAGACACUGUCAAGCUCAGCUGCCAGUUCCCCUGCAAGUACAAUUCCUACGAGAAGUACUGGUGCAGGUGGAGCAGUCAGGACUGCGAGGCCCUGCCCACCCAGGAGGAAGACGCCAGCGAUGAUGUUGUGAACUGCCGCCUGAUCAGCAAGGUCCUCUCUGUGAACGCGGGUGACGAGGGCUGGUACUGGUGUGGAGUGAAGCAGGACCAAAACUAUGGAGAGGUCGUGGCAGUCCGCGUGCCAGUGGAGGCGACGGUGGAGGAGCCGGUGAAGGUGUCCCAGCCUGAGGCCAAAGCAGAGCCCCUUCCUGCUGAAGAGAAGGUGGAGCCCGUCGUCAAGGAGGUGGACAGCAAGGUCCUCGUCAAGGAGGUGGACAGCAAGGUCCUUGCCAAGGAAGUGGACAGCAAGGUCCUUGCCAAGGAAGUGGACAGCAAGGUCCUUGCCAAGGAAGUGGACAGCAAGGUCCUUGCCAAGGAGGUGGACAGCAAAGUCGUCAACAAUCAAGUUGUUGCCAACCCCAAACUCCUUGCAGAGGAGGCUGUGGUGGAGAGUGCUGGAGACCCAGCCAGUGGAAGCAGGGCCUCUGUGGAGAGCAGCAGCUCCCAGGGACAAAGUGGGACCAGCAAAGUGCUGCUCUCCACCCUGGUGCCUCUGGGCCUGGUGCUGGCAGCUGGGGCCAUGGCUGUGGCUGUGGCCAGAGCCCGGCACAGGAGGAAUGUGGACCGAGUGUCCAUUGGAAGCUACAGGACAGACAUCAGCAUGUCAGACUUGGCGGGAUCCAGGGACUUUGGAGCCAUCGACAAUCCAGCCGCCUGCCCUGAGGCCCGGGAGACGUCCCUUGAAGGGAAGGAUGAGGUUACGAUCACCACCGAGAGCACCGUGGAGAUCCAGGAACCCAAGAAAGCCAAGAGGUCAUCCAAGGAGGAAGCUGACAUGGCCUACUCUGCCUUCCUGCUCCAGUCCAGCGCCAUGGCGACCGAGCACCAGGACGACCCCACAGAGCCCUAGGCACCUCCAGCUGCCGCCCCCUCCACCUGCAACAAUCCCCUUCAGAAUCACGUUGAUCCUUGGGGUCCCCAGCGCCGUGAUGGGGGCUCGACUGCCUGCACUCCCUGCACCCGCACCACCUAAGCUUCCCUACCUGUCCCCAGAAGUGUGCUGGCCCCUCCUCAGCAGCAUCAGCACUUGGUUCACUGUUUUGUUGGGGUCUGGAGUGUGAGGAGUUUCCAAUUACAGCGUAUUCCUCCAAGGUCUUGGCAGAAAGGAAGGGAGGACUUCCAAAGGAAGACAGGUCAAGCAGAGAGGCCACCCAGUGCAGCAAGGGGAGGCGUUGCCAGCCUCUCUUUGCCCACGAUGGGUGCUCAGGGCCACUUUCCCGCCUCCUCCUCCCUUACUGCUUCCCCUCCUCAUUCUUUCCUUCAGUGGAAAGUCACAGGUGGGGGUGCUGACCAGGAUCCAGGCAACAUCUGGACGGGGGCGGGGAAGGGCCACACACCUGCUCACAGACUUUCUGUAGACCUUGCAAAUGGUGACUGAAGGCUCACAACCCCCCACAGGGAAAGGGGAUCCCUCUGUUUCUUUCACUCUUGUGGUCCUAAGAUGUCUUGGGUUUGAAGUGUUCCAGGUGGAAGGAAGGAAAGACAGCGCUUGCCAGUGCCAGGGAGGGGCGUAUCCCCAAACGGCUAAAGUUGAAGGUCAUUGUCCCCCUGAGCUCUGUACUUUCACCAGCACCUAUGGUCUGAUCCUUGCUAACAAAUCAGAAACACGAUUUAAUCAUUAAAGAUUGAUUGCCACCCAGUA